GUGUAAACUGUCGCCGUCAUGGCUUUCAGCGAUGAAUUUGACUCCACCAAGCUAUACAAUUUGCUGAGGGUGGUCGAAGAGGUGCGCAGUCUGCAAACAGAAGACGACGACAUCCAAUUUCCGGACAUCGUCGUUUGUGGCGGCCAGAGCGCCGGGAAAAGCUCCGUGCUGCAAGCUCUCGCCGGGGUCAAGUUGCCUCGCACCAAGACGAUGACAACGCGUGUCGCUCUCCAGCUCAACUUGGUUGUCGACGCCUCCGUUACGCAGCCAUACGCCUUGAUCGGCAUUAGCCCGGACCUGGAUAGGAGCUCGGACCGGUUCGAAGGUGAUAAGCUGGAGGACCUUGGAAACAAGAUCAACGAAUAUAAUGACCGUUUGGCUGGAAAGGAAAAGGUAAACUCCACGGAAACGAUAUAUCUGAGGAUGGUUCGUGCGCGGGGGCCCACCAUGACCCUGGUUGACCUUCCCGGCAUAUCGCACGAUGGAGAACUCCGGAAGGCCACGGAGGAGUGUUUCGGCAAUCGUUUUGCCGAUCGCAACAACAACAAGCUGAUUUUGCUCGUGAAGACUGUGGCGAGCGACGUCAACUGCGACUCGGCCAUGGAGUUAGCAGCGAAGGAGGACCCUACCGGCGAAAGGACUUUCUGCGUGCUCACCAACGUGGACCGACCCUUCAACGAAGACAUUGGCGAAAUUUCACAAAAUCUCAGGAAACGGGCGAAACGCGGGGUCUUCCCUGUAUGGAAUCCGGACACAAAACAUGGGGAGCUUACUGAAGAGCAGGCGCGCCAGCAAGAGAAAAAGUUCUUCAGUGAGAACGCGCAGAAACUUAACAUAGACUUGGACGGCAGUUGGGGAAUCAACAAGCUUGGGCAAUGUCUCAUGGAGGCGCAAUCUCCGUUCGUAGAGGCUGCGCUGAGGAGCACGCGGGAGUCCAUCAGAGAGCGCCUCGACACGAUGAGCGGGGAUCUCGAGAAGCUCGAAGCUGACAUGCCAGAACACGACCGACAGGCGCCCCUUCAAGAGAUCAUGGAAAGGACUCUCAAUAGCGUACAGCGUCACUUCGAGGCCCGCGCAACCAAUGGCGCGGAGCCUGUACGCGAUAACCUCGACAUGGAACUUCUGGAUAGAGAGCGAGAGAACCUCAACAUCGCUCUUCGUACCCAGAGUCUGUACAAGGACUUUAUGGAUCAGGUACUUCAGAUCGCACCGCAGUGGUUGACCGAUAGCUACAAGGCCAACAUUCAGAAGGAAGUCGAGAGUUCUUGCGGGGGUGAUAUUCGACCGCAGAUUCCCAACGCGGAAAUCAGCCUCUUCCGUCGGGCAUACCAGCAAAAGCUGGCGAAUGCGUGCAAGGCUCUCGUGAACAAUGUACGCAAGUGCGUCAAGGAAGUCCUCGUACUUCUUUUUCGUAUGGAGAAAGUGGUGAAUAUCCGCCCGGAACUCCAGUUGUACCUGUCCACUCGAUUGGAUAAGUUCCUAGACAAGAGGCUUGCCAAGGCGGAGGAGGUCGUGGCGUACCUGUCGAAAGCCGAGCUGACCAAGCGCGACACUCGAGACGAGACUUACAACAGGAUCAGGACCAAAGUGGGAAACCUUGCUGAGAAGGCAUACCUUAACACGGAAAAAAACCGUGUCUACUCGCCACUGGAACAAGUCGUGGCCAAGGGCACCGAUCCUGACGUUGUCGACAUCCCUGAUGGCUUCAUCAUGAGCUACUAUAGCCGCGCGAUAGAACAGGGCAGGGACGGCCAGGAGGCGACGAUUGCUGACCUACAGAUUUCACUGUAUGCAUACAGCAAAGCAGUGACUCGGCGAAUCAACGAUGUGGUACCGAUGCAGGCCCACCUGCUCUUGGUUACGUCGAUCUAUGAAACAGACAUUUCCAGGGACUUCCAUAAACACGACUUACAGUCGGACCUCAAGAGCACUCUCCCGCAAGGCGAAGAACUGGAGAAACUUAUGGCGUUCGCCCCAGAUGUUCAAGAGAAAGCCAUGAAGCUGAAGAAUGAGAUCAAGCGGCUCCAGAAGAUAGCCGAAGCUAUUGAUUCGCCCUCGCCUUCACGGGCCGCCGAAGCUAUUGAUUCGCCCUCGCCUCCACGGGCCGCCGAAGACAACCCCCGGGCACCGAUGAGGUAGAGCUACAUGCUCCCGGAAUAGGGACACGCCGAAUACAUACAUCUUUCACGUGCAGAGCAAGUAAUUCGGAUAUAUUUUCAGAUGCCAUCUUGCUGGUAUCUUGUCGUCUGCUGUGUGUUAUCUGACCCCUUCCACACCGCCGGCCAACCCCCCCCCCUUGGGCAAGGUGUUUCUAUUUAUAGGUUGGCUAAGGGGUACCGUUUUUCAGACGUUGGCAACUUUCAACCGCGGGCAAAUUGCGCCAGCGAAACCUUCCCGAGGUCCAGCAUCUGGUCAAAUCGGCGUCUUGAGCGGGUUUCCUUAUCCCAAUAUCGAGGUUGAAAUAUGGCGAGGUCCACCCGUGCGCUAGGAUGGUGGAACCGCCGACACAAGAGCGUAUACAGGAGGCCGAUGGACAUACCGGUUUGCCCCCCGCUAAACGCCGCCUCUCUACUGCAUACGAGAGGCAACCUGAGGGAGAAAAAGAGUGUGACGGCGUUGUUCAGAGACGCUGUACACUGGGACGUGCAUGUGGACGACGUAAACGGCCUGCUUGAGUAGAAAGGGAAGGAGAUGACGGAUGCGCAAAUCGUUCACAGGGUCGAAGCAUUCAUCUACGAAUAGGAAGCAACUCCGGCGUGGGGAAAACAGGAUAUGGUUGCAGUCAUUCCGAUCCGCAAACCCGAGGUCAGAAUUUGAUGGAGAGACUCUCCAGAGCGGGCAGGGUCGAGAUUGCUGCACAGAAAAAAACAUAAUGGCCGGAAAAGCUAGGGAUUUGCGUACAGGGCACAGGGUCGGGCUUCUGUGGCAAACGAGGGGAGCGUCACGAGUCAAACAAACACCAUGUAAAGUCCAUGAA